UUCACGUUGCAAUAGAUGCCGUAUCGUUAGGUAUAUGGCAUAUGCCUCUUCAUUCUACUCUUUGUGAGAUUGCAAUUCGUGCAAAGUCACAAAAAAGAUUUUUUUUAAAGUACAUUUUAGCCGUCAAAAAUUGGCAAAAUAGAUUUAUGUCUGUUGGAUCUGAAAAGACGGACAAAAUGGAUAGUGAAUAUGGUGUAAUUACAGAAGGAAAAGCCAGCAUUCUUUUCCCCAAAAAUAACAAAGUAUUUUACAACAAUGUUCAACAAUUUAAUCGUGAUUUAUCUAUCGCGGCUAUUAAAAUCUGGAGUGAGAUAUUUUCAGAGGAAAAACAAAAAAAGGCGCAGCAAAAGAAGGAUUCAGAUAUAAAAACUCAAUCAUAUACUUUCACUAUUUUAGAAGCAUUGGCGGCUAGUGGAUUGCGAUCAAUUCGUUACGCAAAGGAACUUUCCAAUAUUAAGUAUAUAGUUGCUAACGAUUUAGAUCUUGAUGCCGUGAAUUUGAUUAAUAGAAAUGUAGAGUAUAAUGAAUUAAGCAAAGAUUUCGUUAGAGCAAACCAGGGAGAUGCUUG